AUGGACGUGGAUAUGGCAUCAUCCUCAACGCCAACCAUGCGUUCGGCAGUUCCCGCUCCUCGUUCUGACGCUACCCCAAUAGCAGCACCCCCGACCACCACUGCACCGGCAGCGCUUCGAACAACGACAGGCUACACCGCGACAACGGCUCCGCGUCAAAGCACGCCAGUAUCACCCGCAUUACCAGCGAAUCUGCAACGAGUUCGAUGUACACUAUGUCGCCGCCCGCAUCGGCUAUCGCACUGCGGUAUCUUUAAAGGCAUGCCGCCGAUGCAACGUCCGCAGGUGGCACAGGCGCACGGGUAUUGUCUGAAUUGCCUAGCAACUUUCCACGCAACUCAGGAGUCUCCAUCACAUAAUCGUUGCCAAAUAUGUGUGCGGGCUCAUCAUACGCUGCUGCACCGCACUACCAGACGCGACUCCGGGCGACCACCGGCUCCUCGCACCAGCGGGAACGUCAGGCGUUCUCAGAGAACUCCUGUGACGGCUUACCGCCGGCGUGGACCCUUUCCAGCAGAAUCUCGUCCCUGACGCCAAAACCGGGCAACAACA